UGUCACCGGGACGUCUCCAUGGCGAUGUUUAGCAGUGCAGAGCGGCUCUGGAACGAGUCAGACCGCCUUGUAUGGUACGAGAAGAAUGAGAGCACAGUGGCCACAGAGCAAGACGAGCGUAACUACUACGCUAUGCUGUACUCCCUGCUCAUCCUGGCCAUUGUGUUUGGGAACGUGCUGGUAUGUCUGGCUGUGCUGAGGGAGCGCUCCCUUCAGACCACCACCAACUACCUGGUGGUCAGCUUGGCUGUGGCAGACCUGCUGGUGGCCUCAUUGGUUAUGCCCUGGGCUGUGUACCUGGAGGUGGUUGGCGGCGCCUGGCUUUUCAGCCGGCUUUACUGUAACAUCUUUGUCACGCUGGAUGUGAUGAUGUGCACCGCCAGUAUCCUCAACCUGUGUGCUAUCAGCAUUGACAGGUACACAGCAGUGGUGAUGCCCGUCUUGUACAACACCACCCAUCGCUCUAAGGAGAGAGUUUUUGUAAUGAUUGCCACUGUGUGGGUCCUGGCCUUUGCUGUCUCCUGUCCCCUGUUGUUUGGCUUCAACACAACAGAUGACCCCCUGGUGUGCUCCAUCUCCAACCCUGACUUUGUGAUCUACUCCUCGGUGGUGUCCUUCUACCUGCCGUUUAUAGUCACCCUGUUGGUCUACAUCCGCAUCUACGUCUUCCUCAGGAUGAGGCGGAAAAGGAUCACCUUCGGUCAGGCCAGUGGAAAAGUCCAGCCGGGCCCGACUCCACCGUCUGUGGAGACCUGUCUACAAGAAGAGACUCCCAAGGCGAAACAAGACCUGUCACCUAUAAGGAUUAAAGUGCAGAGUGCAGAGCCCUCAACUGCCUCCAAACCCAACCUGCUGACAGGAUGUCUGUGGCGCAAACACCCAAAGACGGGACCUGAGGAGAACUCUGUGCUGCCCCCAGUGGACAUGCAGAACUACUGCAGCAUCAGCCACGCCUCCUGCGGCCGCACCGAGAUGGAUCUGGAGCAGGAUCGGGGGGAAGGGGAGGAGGCGGAGGAGAACAACCAGAACGAGCAGCCCCCAGUCAGGAUGAGCUGUGAGGUGAAAGAUCUGUCCAAUGGACGAACGCACACGUCCCUGCGGCCGUUGCCUCACUCGCAUAUAAGCAAUCCACGAUUCAGGAGCAUGCACGCCCGGGAGAAAAAGGCCACUCAGAUGCUGGCCAUUGUGCUUGGGGUGUUUCUCAUCUGUUGGCUGCCUUUCUUUGUGACUCACAUUCUGAACACCCACUGCAGGACAUGCUACGUGCCUCCGGGGCUUUACAGUGCUUUCACCUGGCUCGGGUAUGUCAACAGUGCCCUCAAUCCUAUUAUCUACACCACCUUCAACAUCGAGUUCAGACGGGCCUUCAUCAAGAUCCUCAGCUGCUGA